ACGAGUAGGAGCGUGUGUGCGAGUGUGUGAAAGAGACACUUACUCUCCUAACUACUGGGACACACACACUUUCCUCACCCAACUCAAAGAAGCAGCAAACCCUGGAGAUUUUUUUGCCUUCAUUUAAACCCCAAAAUUGCCAUCCAUCUUUUCCUUAAGACUUGCCGGCUGGAACUUGAUUUUCAGCCCCUCUUUAGGAAUUCUAUGUACUGAUCAAUAGACAAUUUCCAUCCACACAAGACAUACCUCAUGGAUUUGUACCUGGUUGGAUAUCUCAUGUGCAUGUGGUUGUCCAGCUCUCGGGUGCUUGGAGGCUAUCCCAUCUGGUGGUCCCUGGCCCUUGGGCAGCAGUACUCAUCCCUAGGCUCCCAACCCAUCCUGUGUGGCUCCAUACCUGGUUUGGUGCCAAAACAACUGCGCUUUUGCCGCAAUUACAUCGAGAUCAUGCCCAGUGUAGCAGAGGGUGUCAAAUUGGGAAUCCAGGAGUGUCAGCACCAGUUCCGAGGCCGCAGGUGGAACUGCACCACUAUCAAGGACAAUCUAGCAAUAUUUGGACCUGUACUUGAUAAAGCCACAAGAGAGUCUGGAUUUGUUCAUGCGAUUGCGUCAGCUGGAGUGGCGUUUGCAGUGACCCGUUCAUGUGCAGAGGGGACCUCCACAAUGUGUGGCUGUGACUCCCAUCAUAAAGGCCCGCCGGGAGAGGGAUGGAAGUGGGGUGGCUGCAGUGAAGAUGCAGAGUUUGGGGUUUUGGUGUCUCGAGAGUUUGCAGACGCUCGUGAGAACCGACCAGAUGCUCGGAGUGCCAUGAACAGACACAACAAUGAGGCAGGACGGAUGACCAUCCUGGAAAACAUGCACCUGCGCUGUAAGUGCCAUGGACUGUCAGGCAGCUGCGAAGUCAAGACCUGUUGGUGGGCUCAGCCUGACUUCAGGCUGUUGGGGGACUACCUGAAAGACAAGUACGACAGUGCUUCCGAGAUGUUGGUGGAGAAACACCGGGAGUCCAGAGGCUGGGUGGAAACCCUACGCGCCAAAUACGCCUUCUUCAAGCACCCCACAGAACGAGACCUGGUAUACUACGAGGGAUCACCCAACUUCUGUGAGCCGAACCCAGAGACGGGCUCGUUUGGCACCCGCGACCGCGUCUGCAAUGUAUCGUCGCACGGCAUCGAGGGCUGCGACUUGUUAUGCUGUGGCCGUGGCCAUAAUACACGGACAGAAAAGCGCAAGGAGAAAUGCCACUGCAUCUUCCACUGGUGUUGCUACGUCAGCUGCCAGGAGUGUGUGAGGGUCUACGAUGUGCACACAUGUAAAUAAGUGCGGGAAGAAAAGGACUGGUGGACAUUAAAGGAUGGAAAGAGAGAGAAAGAGACGGAGAGACUGAGAACACACACAAGAUAGUGGCACUUCUGUGGUAGAACCCUUUACUAAUGUGCCCUUUUUGAUCUACACGCCCCAAAAGAUGCCCAUUGUGAGCAUCAUGGUUACUACUGCCAUUCCUCUCACUCUUUUUUUGUGGCACUCAUUAUUUCUGCAAAAGAAAAAAAUUCCUUGUUAUCAUUCAGUCUCCUUUAUCUGUAACACCAUCUCUCUGAUCAUCUCGCACUACUGCCCAGGGGCCGAAACAGGAUAUGUUCAAAUACAACCAAUGACACUAGGCAUGCAUUAAAGAACAAGAGGAGGGGGGAGAGGAUGAUGAGAAACUCUCGGUUAACUACUGAACGCUGGGUCUCGAAAUAUGCCCUGCUAUACUACUGAAUCCAAUGCAAUGCCCAUGUUUUCCCUCAUGAUCUCCUGAGGUUUCCCAAUCCAAGGACAUAUUGUUCACUCCUACCAUAUUCCCUAUAAUCAUACAUGUUCAAAUCAUGGAACAUAUUUCUCUUUUCUACGUAAAAACUCUGGUAAUUUGCUUUAUACAGCAGUUUGGAGGGAUGCAAUUGAUAUAUUAGCGUAGAAUGCUGUGGGCGGUACAAACAGGAAAAGGCAUCAUGGGUAGCCUACCUUCCGAAUUUCAAAAGUUUUUUUUUUGUUUGUUUUUUUGCAGAACAUGUACAUGCAAAGCUAUCGGUAACUCUCCUGGAUGAGUGCAGGACAGCUGCUGAAAUGCAUGACAGCAGAAUGCGACGACACACACUAGGCUCACGUGCACCCGACCAGUAAAAUUUGCACUUACAAAACUACUAAUGAGUAUACUAAUUCUAGAGAUUACAAUGAUUAUUUUUUAACAUAAUCUUUUUGAUAAAGCUCCUCGUAUAUGACUGUGAAGGCUCCGUUUCAACACUUCCCUGAUGAGAAGUUUGCGUAGAGGAAGGAGAACAAGUGAGCAGGAAGAGGAUAGUUAAGGAAAGAAACAGGAGGGUAAUAAAGGAGGGAAGUGGCAAGCCAGUUUAAUUAAAAAAAAACGCAACAAUUUUGCGAGGUGGCAAUUUUGUAUUAAUUCGUACGGUUUGAUGCGUAGGAAAACGUUCGAUUUUUAGAAAAAAGAAAGAAUGAGGGUCCAUCCCUAAACCUAACCGUCAUUGUGGCAUAAGCAGAUUGUAUGAAAUCGUACGAAGAUCGUACAAAUUUAUACGAAGUAUCCACCAACUUGCAAAUUGUCAUGAGAGUGUGUUGCAAGUGGAGGACUGCUGUGGGUUCGAGUGUGUGAAAGAAAGACCAGCUUCACAAAGCUGCAGCAGACUAGCGGAGGUUUCCAUAGGACAUGUUCUGACAGUCCCAUACGCUUCCCAUUAAUUAAGUUUAACUACGCAAUGCUAGUUUCACAUUCACACGAUCCCUAAGGAGCCCUCUCACCAGUCACAUCUUUGCUCCCUUUUCCAUUUCUCCUUCCGCUAUAUCCAAAGUUUUGUACAAAGCCUUUAAAAGUUCAUAAUUCCCUUUUUAUUUUAUAAUCUGAAAAUGUUAUGUUUUUAUAAAUAUUAUUUAUUACACAAUGUAUAUAUCUGUAUGACUGAACUAAGA